AUGAUGAAUAUGUUUGUUGCUAGGGCACUGGCAGCAGUCUUAUUAUUGGCGGCAGGGGUAUCCGCCCAAGAGAUUCUGUACAACGCCAUUGUCUACACAGUGAACCCUUCCCAGCCCAGUGCGGAAGCCAUUGCCAUUGACGCCGAUGGUAUCAUUGUUGGUGUGGGAACUUAUGACGAUCUCACGUCUGAGUUUCCAGACUACACUUUGACAGACCUCGAAGGUCAACUGGUUCUACCGGGAUUUCAAGAUGCCCACUUGCACGCCGUCGAAGCCGGUAUCAAUGCCCAAUUAUGCUUUGUGGAAGCCGACGCUCUCAUUGAAGAUAUUCCCUAUUAUUUCGAUGAACCCGACUGUACCGACUAUGGCGAAUUUGGUGGCGAAGGAUGGGUCAUGGGAGCCGGGGUGGAUCUCGAGGCGAUUGUCCAGGAAUUGGAGACCAACUUGACGGCGAGGUAUCCGAUUACCGUUCUCGAUGAGAGUUGGCCCGAUCAGCCCGUCGUCAUUUUGGACCAGUUUGGACACGGAUGUUUGGCCAAUACCGCGGCACUUCAGGCUGUCGGUUAUUUCAAUAGUCCCGAUCCACCCGGUGGGCAUAUUCUAAAAGACUCGGACGGAUUUCAUACUGGAAUUGUCACGGAAAACGCCCAACAAAAACUCCGUGAAGCGGCUUUCCCAAACACGGAAGCCAACCAACAAGUUGCCUAUGAAAGUUUGCUGGAUGCUCUCGAUGAACUGAGGAGUAACGGUAUCACUACGGUAUCCGAUGCCGGUGGCUUUUAUCAUCAAGCUCAAAUAGAGUCCUGGGAAAGGGCCGAGGAGGAAGGGGUACUCACCGUCCGAGCUUCCAAUGCACUCUACGUAUACCCCGAUUCGAAUACGGUCGACCAGAUACGGGUCAUGAUCUCCAAGUUUAGCAAUGACCCCAACAAACUCGUCCGGUUCAACCAAGCCAAAAUCUAUGUCGACGGUAUUUUGUCUCUUUCAACGGGCAAGCUCUAUGAACCCUAUACGUACGACCCCUUUGACUUUUAUCGGAACGAAGAAAAUUGGUCGGGCUUUGAAUAUUUUGGGUCCAAUGAAACACUCAAUUUUGUGGCGAAAUCGCUCGUCGACAAUUCGGAUUUCCAGUUGCAUUUCCAUACCACGGGUGAUGCGGGUGCUGGAUUGGCUCUGUCGGCCAUUGAGUUCGUCCAAGGAGGAGCCAAGACGACUGGACCACCCCAUCGCAUCACACACUGUUACCUCGUGGACGAAAAGGAUCGGCGGCGGUUUGCCGAGCUGGGCGUCGUGGCCGACUUUCAAUUGGCACCGUCCUCUCUCACGCCAGAGUACCGAACCAAAAUGGAAGGGUUCUUGGGACGCACGCGAGCAGACACAUUAUUGCCCGCCCUCGAAUUGUACGAGGCCAAUGCGACCAUUACCCUCAGCAGUGAUUGGGAUGCCGACACGCUGUCGCCGUUGGAAAAGAUCCAAACAGUGUUGACUCGACCCGACGGCAGAUCGUUUCCUGACGUAGCGACUGUCAUCCCAAUGCUUACAAUCAACCCGGCAUAUCUACUCCAGCACGAUGACACUACGGGUUCGAUCGAGGUUGGAAAAUUUGCCGAUCUGGCGGUGAUUGACCAGGACAUUUUCAACAUGCCGGUCGACGAAAUAUCCACAGCAAAUGUUACGAGGACAUAUCUGCAAGGAGAUCUCAUAUUUGGUCCUGGUGCGGAUGUAUCGAGAGUGGAUGGGUCCAUUGAAAUCAGUGAAACUGAUCCGACUGGAGCUGGAUCCGAGGAAAACGGAGCGACUGACCCCAAGGAUGUUGAAAUCGACACUGGCGGCAAUGUUGCCGUUAGUGUGGAAGGGCAAUCAUCAAGUCCAGCUGUCUUCUCGAGUCUGCUGGCGGCUUGCUUGUGCUUCUCUGUUUCAUUACUCAGUUUUCUGUAG